AUGGCCGGGCCCACCUCGCCGCGCCGCGGAGGGCUCGGCGCCGCGGCGGCCGCGGCGGCCGCGGCGGUGGCGUGCUUGGCAGGCGCCGGGUGCUUCGUGGGCCGCGCGCCUCCGACGCCCCGGGUCGAGCGAAGUCUGGUCCCGCUCCGCGGGGACCGGAAGUCCUCCACUGACAACUUCAUCGACAAGGCAUUCACAGUCAUGGCGGACAUGGUGGUGGCUGGCAUGCCCCUGUCGCAGCAGGAGAAGGACGCGUACCAGUUCUACCGCGACGGGAUGGCGGCGCAGACGAGCGGGGAUUACUCCACCGCGCUGCGGAGGGGGUGGGGCAGGCAUGCCGGCUGCAGCAUCGACAACAAACUCCUGGCCACGCUGCGCGGCCUCCAGCGCGUGGCCUGCGCAGGGGCUGGGCGCGGCGGCAUCAGGCGUGCCGGCAUGACAUCCUGCAACCACUGCGGGCGCAGCACUCCCACCAGACCGCUGGCCGUUGGGGACCUGAUUGUCGGCCCGCGUACGGGCAUGCACGUGGAGACCGAGAUCGCUGUGCGCACGCGCAUGUGGGAGGCGAAGCAGUUCGAGGCUUUACUGUCUCGCCUUGAAGCGCAACGCAUUCUGGGCCCACGGGGUAGGAGAGGCAGGAGGUCCAGGAGACGCGACGACGCCGCCGAGGACAAGAAACGCAGGAGCAGGAAGCAGACAGCAGAGGGAGCCUACCGCAAGGCCAUCAACACCAUGACCUCCGAGGAUGCACAAUGCUCUGCACAGGCCCAGGCACGGCAUGCUUCGGAGCUCAUCCCGAGGUCCGAGCGGCCCGAUGCUCUGUGGGUCCGCCCAGGCGGCGCCCAGCCCUCCGACGGCAACUCCACCUCCGAGGGCGGGCACGGGAAUCGACCAGACGGCAGCGCAUCUCAGGAAGCAUCUCUUGGACCUGCCUCCCACAGCGAUGACCAUCCCCUCAAAGGUGUGAGGCAUGCCGCCCUGACUGCCCCAGGGCCCACUGGAACCAGGGCCGCGCGCGCCAAGGAAUGCCUCGGGUGCGCGAGCCAGGUGGUUGCAAACAAGCUCUGCAGGGUACUGCUGCGCGCGCAGUACCACCAGUGGGGCGUCGAGAUGCCUGGGGGCGCGGAGGCUUUGGUGCAUUGGGGAGGCCACGUCGAGGAGACGGCGAUGGACGGCACGCUGGAGCCCCUUGUUGCGUUCGACCUGGACCUCGAGAACAUGUUCGGCAUAAUCGAGUGGGCUGAGAUUCGCGAAGCUGUUCGGCGCGAUCUCGAGGAGGCAGAGGGAUGGUUCCAGUGGGAGCACGAGACGCCGGAAGAGAUCGAGCUUCCCUCCGGAGACGUUGCUGUUUCCGACCGUGGUGCGGGGCAAGGGGGCGUUUUUGGUUCGAGCAUCUCUUCGCUCACCUUCGGGCACCGCAUCGGGGUUCACAUGCAGCGUCACCAGGGGUCGUUGGGAGACGAUCCGAGUGCCGGGGCUGUGGGCGAGUGGUUCAUCGACGGCGGCCAGGCCUUCGUUCGGCCUGCACAGGCCAGUGCUUGGCUUCGGUCUGUCGACGCUGCCCUGGCAGCCUUCGGAGGGCGCCGCAGCACCGGCGCAGCCUGCAAAAGCGUUGCCUGGCUCCUGUGCCCCGAAGCGCGGAUGACCGAGUUCCAGGGGUGGGCCAACGGAUACAUCUCUGACACAUGCCGCGUGGAGGAGGCGGCCACCGCGCCGAAGGCCGCCUGGGCGUCGAUCAUGGAAUUGGACCACCCGCAGUGCGAGCUCACGCUGCAGCGCCGCUGCUUGGACGUCAGCAAGUGCUCCUACAUCUUGCGGUGCAACGGCGAUCGGAUUCCAGAAUGCGAGUUGCAUCGAUUCGAUGACUUUCUCCGGGUUGGGGUCGAGACCUCGCUGGCCGGUCGUCUUCCGGACGUAGGGUGGAUCCAAGCCACGUUGGCCGUUGAUGCAGGCGGGAUUGGCAUGCGGGAGUCUGCUGCGAUAGCUCUCCCAGCCUUCAUUGCGAGCCGGGUAUCGUCGCGACCGCUCGUGAACGAGAUGUUCCAGCACAUCGAGAACGCUGGCAUCGGGUCACGAGUGUCGCCCUUGCAUCGCUACGACCAGCGGACCAACGCAGCACUUCGGAGAUGGCUCGACUCCCUCCCCCAGGGCGCGCGGGACCAGGUCCACGACGCCGUCGAGAGGGCAGCCGGAUCCGCGGAGAGGAGGUGGCGGGAUUGGCGUUCAGGCGAGGAGGGCGAUGGAGAGGCCAACGAGGAGGCGGAAGGCCCAGCCCGGCCGCGGGGCAGCAGGCGCCCAGCCGCGGGCCUCGUGCCAGACGCCAGCGCCGAGGACCCCGAGUACCCCGCUUCCCCAGCGCCCAAGGGCGGGCCGCGGCUGCAGAGCGAGCUCGUACGCUUUGGAGAUGCCACUGUCGCGCACGGCCCCCUGGCGAAGAUGCGCGAGGCCGGCGACUGGGGGCGCGAGCAGCUGCUCAGCGAGCUUUCCCAUCCAGACGGCUCGCAUGAGUGGCUGUGGGCCGUGGACCCGAACAAGGGGAAGACGCUCUCAAAGGAGGACUUCGUCACGGCCGGCACCGAAGUGCACGUAGAGGAGCGCCGGAUCUGGUGGCGGAUCUCCACCGAAAUCUGGAGGCGAGCGGCGCGAAUGAUCCGGCGCUGCCUGCCCAGCCACGCCCAGGAGGUCGCUGAUGAGGACGAUGCCUAUCACGACCCAGACGUGGAAUUCAGGCGCGGGCACCCUGGCAGCGUCGACCCGUCACCUGCGGGGUCGGCGUCCGCGGCCGCGCCCUCGGGUUAG